AUGCAAGAACCCUCAGCCACGCCUCAGAAGGUCGCCAGUCCUCCUAAGGGUAUUGCUCGGGUCGAGGAUGGGAAGAUCAAAAAGCUAAAGGCCUCAUACAAGAGCGAGACACCCGCCAUACAACAUUUCAACGGCAAGACCUACGCAUCCGCCAUCGAUCGAGAUGCAACCUCAACACCAAAACCAGUCUGGGAAGAUGCUGAUGGGAAUAAGAUGACGCUGAAAAAGGUCUGGGCAGAUGCCAACGGAAAAGAAAUCAACGAUGAAGAAUAUCAGGAUCGGAAAAAGCGCAUGAAGGAGAGGGAAGAAGCCAAGUCGGACGAAGUCAAGUCGUCCUGUUGUGGUUCUGGGAAACCCAAUGCCGAGCUCGAUUCGCUGAAAGGCGGUUGUCGACAUCGUCAAAAUGUCGCCGCAAUACAACCUCAUCCUGGCUUUCUGAAACCUGGUCCUGAUCCUGCCCAGAGACUUCAACCUAAACCAGCAAGUGAAACCUGGAAGGCCAGUUGUUCUUGCGGCUCGGGCUGCUCCUGUCUUUACUGCCCCGAUCAUCCCAACAACGCAACGUCGAUUAAUCAUACCCAGCAACAAGUCAAGAACCUCGCGGAGCAAGCAUACAUUGGGAAUCAAAAUCUAACACAAGUCCCUUCUAUGCCCCAAAACAAUCCAAGAUCGUGCAUGGGCGGACAACCAUCCUUUUUCCUCUCAAGAACACCCGAUGUAUCCCAACAACAGCUUCAGCAGUUCUUUUCCGAUACUUUGAACCCGAAUGCCAUCUACUUAACUUACCCUAUCCAGCAACAUUCCUGGACUAACAGGCCCCUCAGCUCACAUUGCUCACAUGUACAUUCUCCGCCAGAAAUGAUUGGCAUGUCCCAAACCGACAUGUACGACCCUCUAGCAGACACACCAACUCCUUGGGACCUACUACCGAGUGAAUCCAAUGGUACGUGGAAUUUCUCGGAUGGACAGCUGGGUGACAACUCUUUCAGCUGGACAGAUGUUGGGGCUUCUUAUGGGACCGACUAUGCAAUUGGCCAAGCCAGAGUGGCUUCCAUGUCCAACGCACACGAUAUUUCUGCCUUCCAGCCGCAGCCAGCCCCGCGGACACGAUCAAUGAAUAUUGAUGUCUCCUCUAUCACGAGUCCAUCUCUACUUAAUGGAUUCCCUGACGCACUGCCGCUGUUCGAUUCUGGUGAUGGAUUCAUGAGUUUUGAGGAGACGGCAACCCAAAACCCGUCCAGUCAAAAUAUCCAGGCGAACGUUUUCGGCUCUGGAACACACCCUGAAUUUCCAGCCUCAUCACUACCCGGUUUCUCUGUCUCUCGAACUCCUGACCUUCACUCAGCUGAGCCUGCAGCACAAGUCAAUGCACAGGGAAGUCAUGUCGAUGAUGGUGGCUCCAUUCUAUGGAAUGGCUAUGACAAUUAUCAGGACAGUCGGAACGACUCCGAACUGAAUGGCAUACCUGUGCCGAACUCAUCGGCAAUCGCCAGUAAUGCCGUUUGA